AUGGCAAUAAGUGGAUCGCGGGAUGAUUCUACUAAUUGGUUAUGUGGGAAACUUUCUAGUGAACAACCUUUGAGAGAGAAUUUAGGUUUUAUUGUUCUGGAUUGCUUAAGAACGUUACCAAAUUCAAAAAUUAGAAACGAACACAGUGAGAUCACACACUAUACUAAUUUCCUUGAUCGCAUAAUGAGAGGACUCUUUAAUAAUCCCGAUAAAUACAUAGUACAAUGGCCGAAUACGGCCUUAAAUGAAAGCAAAACUAGAAAAUUUGAAGGUCGCACUAAACAGCCUGACUUCACAGUUUCCAUUAUUUGUCAGUUACAGACAAGUGCUACCUUAUUUGUGGGUGAAGUUAGCCCUCCAUCAAAAAAGGGGGAUGUAUAUAAAAACUGUAACGAUCUUAUCCGCCUUGGUGUGUUUAUGAAAGAUAUCCUAGAUUCAUCUGUUGAUAAAGGCGCCGAUAUAAAAGUUCUGGGAUUCCAGUGUAUUGAUUAUAAAGUUGACUAUUACAUAAUGGAUCUUGUUAAAGGAAUUUAUAUUAUGCUUCAUGUCGGUCAGGUUUCUAUUCCAGUAUCCUUAAAGGAUAUGUCGUCUUUUGUGGAUGAUAUAGAAUUAUCUUUAAGAAUACAAGAUAUUUUUCGCGAAUCUUAUGAAAAUUUCUAUCCCAAGCUUUGUAAUCCAGGAUCAUUGACGGAAAAGGCAACAUUCAAAAAAAAACACACUUUGCACACCUAA